UCAGGCAUGAGAUCACAGCAUCAUAUCAUAUUGGCUUGCAUAUGGAUGUAUCUACAGGUUAGCGCGCUUCGAUGGUGCUUCCACCGAAUUUUCUAUCCGCUAAUAAGCUACUGUACCUACAUAAGGUAAGUUAAUUGAUGGUGUUGAUGGGUUGCUGGCUGCUGGGAUGGGACGAACCGGUCGGUGCGACAGCCAACUGGAACAUGCAGACACGAGCUAAUAAGUUAGUGGACAAGGACGAGCAACUUGUCUAGCUUGUCACAGGAAACUGCUGAGGGAUGAGGCAGAAGGGAGGGGAUGGGCUGGACCCUGGGGUUGACACAUCCCUUACAGAGGACUCCGGCUCAAAGUAACGGUGGAUGCUUUUUCAGACAACCGCGAUUCAGCUGAUUCAUUGUGAGAUCAUCAGCGGCAGCCCAUGUUCCAAGGCCAAGGAUGAGUUGCCCUCUUUUAUUCCCCCAUACAGAAGGGCUCAUCCUGCAGCCUUCUUCAGCUGGAUGAAAUACUACAAGCAAACAACAGAAGCCAUUCGUGACUCUGGACAGGACGAGGCAGUACAUCAACAAAGCCCGGUGAACCAUGCGAGCCUGGAAUCUGGCAUAAAUGGCAAUAAUCAGCUCACCGUUAAUAAUGAGAUGGAUUUCAGGUAUCGUGGGUCAUCAAUGCUCUUAUGGUAGCAUAUCCAUUGCAAUAAGCACAACACAACACAACGGAACCAACUCCGACCUUUUCUAAUUGUACAGUUGCUCACGACAGAAGCCCCUUGCAGAAAAUCAUCGUUCUCGAAGUUUACAAGUCGGGCAACCAUAUCGCCUGGACCCAACUAAAACGCCACACAGCCCUUCAGAUCGUUUUCCAACGACUCGUGAUCUUUAGAUAGGUGCUUGG